ACCGAAAGUUAAGAAAAAAGAAAAGAGGACUGAAAGAGAAAGGUGCAAACUUUUUCUUUUUCUCCUUUAUCUUUUUUUUUUUACUUCUUUUGAUUACCUUAUUUUCUCUUUAGUUUUUAGCUUAUGAGUUUGAAAACUCUAAACAAAAUAGCAGACUUUUAGCUGAGGUGAAAAAAGAAGAAGAAGAAGACGAAAGUUGGGUUUUUUUUGUUUGUGGAGAAUUGAUUUUGAUCUGUACUCAAAGAGCUGUUUGGAACUUUGAAGUUCUUGCUCUUGGUAAGUUGAUAUAAGGGGAUUAAGUUGUUUUUCUGUAAAAUUGAUAUUUGUUUUUAAGUUUUGAGUAGUUUCUUAUAGUGAGAAAAAAAAGAUGGGUGUUGGAUUAUUAGAGAUUGGAGUUGAAAUGAGGAGAAUUUUGAUAUUUUCGAUUAAAGGAUGUUAUGUUACAGUGUUAAAUCAUCCAUUUCUUGUGAGUAUGCUGUGUUUCAUAGCAUUUUUGUACAGAUGUUUCCCAUUUCUGUUUUCAAUAUUGUUAGCUGCAUCUCCAGUUCUUGUUUGUACUGCUGUUUUGCUUGGAACUUUACUAAGUUUUGGUCAGCCAAAUAUACCUGAAAUCGAAAGGGAGGAAAAAACAAGUAGUCAUGAUAUAGUACCUCUGAGAACUGGUGUAUUAUAUGAUACUACUCAUAUUGAGACUGCUGAAGAUAGUUACUAUGUGGAGAGAUAUACGGAGAGGGACCUCGUAGAUCAGUCGAUUGAUAAGAUCAAUGAUCUUUCCCCUCUACUUGAGGAAAGGUCUCGAGAUUUUCAAUUUGGGGAUGGGGUUUUUGAGGAAGCAGGAAGGCAGUUUUAUGAACAGAUCUAUGAAGAGAAUGAGGAGAAACAUGGUGAUGGUGAUGAGGAACUUAUGGAGAGUCAAUACUCUCCGAUUCCAACGGUUGAUGAAGAUUUUGAGGAAGCAGCAAGGGAGUUCUAUGAGCAAAACAGUGAAAAGAGUGAAGAGAAACAUGAUGAUGUGGAGCUUAUGGAGAGUCGGUACUCUCCCAUUCCAACGGUUGAUAAUGAGAGCAUUGAGUUUGACAUUGAUAGAUCAGAUUCCUUUGAUUCUAAAAGGGUGAAUCUUAAUUCUCUUCCUGGUUCCCCUUGGAAAAAGGAGAGGGAGGAGGAGGAAGAGGAGGAGGAGGAGGAGGAGGAUGACGAGUCUUUUGAUUCGGAGUCUGAUCGAGCUGAGAGCUCUUCUCCAGAUGCUUCAAUGGCUGACAUUAUUCCAAUGCUUCAUGAGCUCCACCCGCUUUUGGAUGAAGACACUCCUCAGCAUCUUAGUUUGUUGCACGAUGGUUCUGAUGCUGCUUCGGAUAGUUCUGGUAAGACCAGUGAGAGUGAUAACGAAUCCGAUGAUGGUGUUGAAAAUCAAGAAGAGCUAGAAGUUGCAGACGACGAGAAUGAAGAUGGUGAAGAUGAAGAAGGAAAGCGAGACGAGGAAGAUAUAAGUAAGUCAGCUAUUACAUGGACAGAGGAGGAUCAGAAGAAUCUAAUUGACUUGGGAAGCUCCGAGGCCGAAAGGAAUCAACGGUUGGAGAAUCUUAUGGCAAGAAGAAGAGCACUGAAGAAAAUGAGGCUGAUGAUGACCGAAAAGAAUUUGAUUGACUUGGAAAGUGCUGAUCUUCCAUUCAACAUCCCGUCCAUUUCUACAGCAAAAAACAAUCCUUUUGAUGCUCAUAAUGAUAACUAUGACCUUGGACUGCCACCAAUCCCGGGGUCUGCUCCAUCGGUUUUAGUACCAAGGCGAAAUCCAUUUGAUCUUCCUUAUGACUCAAGUGAAGAGAAACCUGAUCUGAUGGAGGACGAACAAGAUUUUGUAACAUUUCAAGCAAAGGAUCCGCUUUUCCGGAGGCAUGAAAGUUUUAUCGUAAGACCCUCACUCUUUGGGCUGAACAGGCAAGACAAGCCAGAUAUCCAUUUGAGACCCUAUUUUGUUCCGGAGAGAAUGGCUGCAGAGGGAACAAGCUACUCACCAUUUCAAAGACAAUCUAGCGAACUUAGUGAUUCGAAGGUGAGUUCUGUUCCCGAAACAGAAUCACUAAGUUCAGUUGAAGAUCUGGAAGACAGUAACCUCAUUGAAGGGCAGCUAAGACACAAAAGCCUUGAUCAAGAAGAACUGGAAUGCAAAAACCUCAUGGAUGAACAUAUCUCAGAGGAGCCAGAGCAUGCUUCUGAGCAUGUCAGACAUGGAAGUCAAUCCUCCGAAGAAGUAGAGUCUUUAGUGCAGCUGGGAACUGUGGAAAAUCAUCAUGAAGCAGAAGAAAUUUUGCUCCAGGAAGGAAGAGUGACCAAUGCGCUGGAACUUAAUCCAACCGAAAUUCAAUCCAAGCCAGAGACUUCUUAUCAAAGAUACAGUAGUCAAUCUAGCUCCUCGUCGUUGGCAGAAGUGAGUGAAAGGGUCUUUGUUGAUAAAGAAGGAGAACUGAGAUCAAGUUUCGAGGAGAUAAUGGGACAUGUUGAACAAAAUGGGAUCUCCAGGCAAGCUUCAUUUGAUCGACCAGAUUUCCACAUCAUGGGCGCUUCAGUGGAUCAUACUUCACGCGAACAGCCUAUUUAUGAUUCCAGUCCUUCUGCUAUUAGGGAAAACAUAUUUUCAGCCUCGUUUUCUUCAGAACAGCAUGUGGAAUCUGAGCCAGGGUUUCCUCCUACAUUGGUUGAAAGAACUAUUUCUUUCGUAGAGAGGGAAUCUGAGGAAAAUAGUCAGUACAUUGAAAAAUCCCUUCCAACUAAUGAAGAGAUUUUGGCACUAGCAAAUGACCAAGAAUUUCUGUCAAGGGAGGUGGUAUGCCAAAAUGAGCUUGAUGUUGCAAAGGCGGAGAUUUCUCAAGAUGAUGAAGUCUUUAGCGGUGCAAAUGCCCUUCCGGUGCCUGAGUUGGUCGUCGGUCAGGCGUCUAUUGACUCGAAAUCAUCAGCAGACGAAGAUAUUUUGUAUAAAGAAGGAACUAUUGAGCAUGCACAACAGCAAGUUUCUUCUUCAAGAUUUGAUGCAGAUACCCAUAUUGUGUCUCAACUUGCUGUAGACCACACUGUUGAAUCCCUUUCAACGUCCUCAGACCAUCAAAACAUUCAUCGGAUGGGUGAUAAACAGCGUUCUCUGAUCGCAGAGGUUCCACUUGAUCAACCAGUUAUGCCUUCUUUGGAGAGGCAAUCUGUGGAGGAUGUGACUGAGAAGGAAGAAACUGUAGUGUCUGAACAACAUGAUCUUCCCUCAUCUAAUGCCGUUGAAAGUUCGGUUACUGAUGCUCUGAGUGAAGUGGAUGAAACACAGAUCUCUGUUGGAUAUCAAUAUGCUUCUACAGAGAGGUCCAUCUCUCAGUGUGAAGAAGAAUUGGCAUACUCAGACAAAUCCAUUGAUGAACAACAAUCAGAGGAUCAGGAAGUAAAGGAGCCACCAGCUAUCCUGGUUGAGUCAAUUGAGGAAGCAAGCACCACUGAGACCUUGAAUGCUUCAGAAAUCCAUGACCUUGAUAAUGGAAUUCCUAUUAUCAUCUCCCCACGUACUCCCGUCUGUAUUUCCAAUCUGCAUGAGGUUGUUGAGUCCCCAAGAGGUGCUGGUCUAUCAGGUCUAAAGAACAUGAUCCUCGAGGAAAAUGAUAACCAGAUCAAAGUCUUGGAAAACUAUGUAUUGCCACCAGAAGCUGCUGAUUUCCAUCAUGAUGAGCAAUAUAUAGUUGAAGAAACAGAUGGUAUCGAGGACAUUGAUGAGGCAUUUCUCUAUGAAUUAGAUACAGUUGGUGACUUUAGCAUCAACGAGUUGGCGUCAAACCAGAAUGAAUUUGAGAGACGAAUCGACUCUGCUGGAGAGGGUUUGUCUGCAUUCCACACUGUUGAUUCUGGCACUCAUGAAGUUGCUGAAGAGGCCUGUGCUGAAGUUCAUGAAAGAAAGUUUCCAUUGCACCCUGAGAUUUUAAAUGCAUCCACAUUUGAAGAGAUUGAUAAGCACGAAGAAGAAGAGUGUGCUUCAGAAGUUCAAAAUUCUGCAAUGAGCAUUAUUGAUCAUAUUGAUGCAUCUCAUGCAGAAUUUGCUGAAGGAGAAGUUCACAAUGCUGUUGAUGCUAGAUUAAUUGAAGGAGGGCUCCCUGAGGAUAGUGAUAUUGGACUUUUGGAUGCUCAAGAGAUAGUUCUGGAUAUGCCUAUAGCUGAACCUCCCAACUCUGUCUUUCAGGUAGCAAAUGCAAAAUCUACUCAAACUGGAGUGACUGAAGUGCCUCAAGAAGUUAUAGUCAAAGAGGAAGCUGAUUCUGGUAUGCCAGUACUAGAAGUGCAAACAAUUCAAGAUAUUGAGUCAGCGUUUUGGAAAGUUUAUGAGAAAGAAAUGGAGAAAUCCAAUGUUUUUGAGCUAUAUAAUGCUGAAGAUUCUGGAAUGCCAGUGCUGGAAGCACAAACUGUUGAAGAUAUUGAGUUAGCAUUUAGAGGUGCUUCUGAGAAAGAAAUAGAGAACUCGAAUGUGUAUGGGAUACCUAAUGCUAAACUAGUAACUGAAGAAUCUGGGAGUUCUGACAAUGCAGUGGUGUUCGAAGGGUCAAGUUCAGUACAGAACAAUUCUGGAAUGCCAGAGGUGGAAGCACACACAAUUGAAGAUAUUGAAUCAGCAUUUGGAAUUAGUUCUGAGAAAGAAAAAGUGCAUUUGAAUGUGCUUGAGCUACCUAAUGCUAAGCUUGUAACUGAAGAAUCUGUGGAUUCUGACGCUGCUGCGGUGUUUGAAGUAUCAAGUUCAGUGCAGGAAGAUCCUGAAAUGCCAGUGGUGGAAGCACAAACAAUUGAAGACAUUGAGUCAGCAUUUAGAAUUAGUUCUGAGAAAGAAAUAGUGCAUUCAAAUGUGGAGCUACGUAAUGCUAAACAUGUAACUGAAGAAUCUGGGGAUUCUGACGAUGCAGGGGUGUUUGACGUGUCAAGUUCAAUGCAGGAAGAUUCUGAAAUGCCAGUGGUGGAAGCACAAACAAUUGAAGAUAUUGAGUCUGCAUUUAGAAUUAGUUCUGAGAAAGAAAUAGUGCAUUCAAAUGUGCUUGAGCUACCUAAUGCUAAACUUGUAACUGAAGAAUCUGGGGAUUCUGCAAUGCAGGAAGAUUCUGAAAUGCCAGUGGUUGAAGCACAAACAAUUGAAGAUAUUGAGUCUGCAUUUAGAAUUAGUUCUGAGAAAGAAAUAGUGCAUUCAAAUGUGCUUGAGCUACCUAAUGCUAAGCUUGUAACUGAAGAAUCUGUGGAUUCUGACGAUGAAGUGGUGUUUGAUGUGUCAAGUUCAGUUCAGGAAGAUUCUGGAAUGCCAGUAUUGGAAGCACAAACAGCUGAAGAUAUUAACUUAACAUUUAGGCAAAUAGGUGAGAAAUCGAAUGUUCUUGAGCAACCUUUUGCCGAGCUAGCAACUGAAGAGUCUGGGGAUUUUGAAGAUGCAGCGUUGUUCGACGUGUCAAGUUCAGUACAGGAAGAUUCUGGAAUGCCAGUACUGGAAGCACAAACAGCUGAAGACAUUACCUUAGCAUUUAGGCAAAUAUCUGAGCAAGAAAUAGAGAAAUCGAAUGUUCUUGAGCAACCUAAUGCUAAGCUUGUAACUGAAGAAUCUGGAGAUUCUGACAAUGCAACGAUGUUUGACGUGUCAAGUACAGUACACAAAGAUUCUGGAAUGCCAGUACUGGAAGCACAAACAGUUGAAGAUAUUAACUUAGCAUUUAGGCAAAUAUCUAAGCAAGAAAUAGCUGGGAAAUCGAAUGUUCAUGAGCAACCUAAUGCUGAGCUAACAACUGAAGAAUCUGAGAAUUCUGACGAUGCAGUGGUGUUUGAAGUGUCAAGAUCAGUGCUGGAAGAUCCUCAAAUGCCAGUACGGGAAGCACAAACAGCUGAAGAUAUUAACUUAGCAUUUAGGCAAAUAUCUGAGCAAGAAAUAGAUGAGAAAUCAAAUGUUCUUGAGCAACCUAAUGCUGAGCUAGCAACCAAAAAAUCUGGGAACGUUACAGCUGCAGCUGAAGUGUCAAGUUCAGCGCUGGAAGAUUCUGAAAUGCCAGUGCCGGUAGCAGAAACAGUUGAAGAUAUUGACAUGAUCUUUAGAAGAAUAUCUGAGAAAGAAAUGAAGAAAUCGAAUGUUCUUGAGCAACCUAACGCUGAGCUAGCAACUGAAAUAUCUGGGAGUUCUGAUAGCACAGCGGUGUUCGAAGUGUCAAGCGUGACGCGCAAUAUGCAGUUACCAAUUCUUGAAACAAGACCAACUGAAUAUUUUGAUUUGGAUCAUGAAAAACUUUCUGAGAUUGAUGAUGAGACGCUCAUCCGUCAUGAUUCUGUUGGUGGUGAUGAGCAUUCUGGGGAAUCCAAAGACAUAGGAGCUUCUUCAGAUUCACGAAAUGUCGAAACAGACUUGGCUUUGAAACAAGUCUUGGAAGGAAAUCUGGAGAAACCCCUGUACUCCACUUCUGAAGGUGAGUUAGCAGAAGUGAAGCCAAGUGGAGCAGACUCAUCCAAUGAUAUGGAAUCGAGUGUUAGGGGAUCAGAUGUGCCUGAUUUUGGUGGUGAAACUGGAAAAGGUGAUCAUGAAGUUGUAGUAAAAGAAGCAAAGACAUUAACAGCUGAAAAAGCAGAUCAUGCUGUUGAUAUGCCUAGUGCAUCUGAUGUUAAAGGCAAGAAAGUCAAAUCCCACGAGACGGGAUCAAGUUCAAGUUCAAGCUCAAGCUCUGAUUCAAGUUCAAGCGACUCCGACAAAGAAUGAAGAUGCUCAGGAAGAUUGACAAAAGCAGUAAAAGUUGGUUUACAAUUUUGUGUUUAUUGCAUUAGAAGCUUGGGUUAUUGCAUGGUUUGGAGUGGCUUGUGAAAUGGACUCCUUCAAGAAUGAGUUUUGGUUUGAUUUCUUGAAGCAUUCUUUUCUUCUUAUAUUUUUUUUCCAUCUUUUCAGCAGUUUUUGGAGAUUGUUGAAAGAAAAGGUUUUGUUAAACUUGUAUAUGGAUUUUGUAAUUUUUUGUAUGAAACAGUUUAUGUUUGACUGUUAUCCUGAAAGUAAUGGCAAGCAAGACUCAUUGCCUUUC